AUGAAAUCGAUGGUGGUGUUCUUUGCUCUCGCCGCUGUGGCUUGCGGCUCCAUCGUGCCUCUGGGACCUUUGGCACAACCCCUUCAUGCACCAGCAGUAGUUCUGGACCCUCAUGGACGGCCCCUAGAUACAGCUGCAGUGAUCAAUGCCCGCGCUUUACACCUACAAGCUAAAGCCCUGGAACCAGCCCACCUUAGCCACGCAGCUAUCGUAGCUCCCGCCGCACAUGCUGCUGUCAUCGCUCCAGCCGUCGUCGCUGCUCCCGCAUUAGUCGCAGCCCCUGCCGCUGUAUCCCACCAAUCCCGCGUGGACAUCCGUUCAAGCCCUGCCAUCGUAGCUCACGCUGCUCCUGUUAUUGCCGCUGCCCCAGUACUUGCCGCUCAUGCCUCAUAUGCUGCACCCUUAGGACACGCUGCUCUGGGUCUCGCCGGACACGGACACUACCUGAAGAAGCGUUCCCUGGGACACAUUGCAUACAGCGCACCCAUCAUCGCUCCAUCUGCCGUCUCUCAUCAGUCUCGUGUGGAUGUUGUGUCUAGCCCAGCUGUCGUGUCCCACGCCGUAGCAGCACCCGUCCUCGCCCACGCUGUCGCCGCCCCAGUAGUUGCUCACGCUAUUGCUCCUGCCGCAGUCUCUCAUCAAUCUCGUGUGGAUGUCCGCUCCAGCCCAGCUGUCGUCGCUCAUGUAGCUCCAGUAGCCCACAGCGUCAUCGCCGCUCCCCUCGCUCACUCCGCCCUUCUUGGCGCACCCCUUGCCCAUGGAGCCGGUCAUUUAGUACAUGGUUGGUGA